AUGUCUCUCUCUGUCUACAAUUCUGGGACCUCCCAACAGGCUUCUUCUCGCAGUGGGGUGGGAGGUCGCCGGCUCAGCCGGUUGUCUAGCACCAGUAGUGGAGGGGGCUUUGGUGGAAACAUUUUUGGCUCUGGAGCAAGCUCUGGGGGUGGUUUUAGUGUUGCGUCUAUGUUUGGUUCCAGUUGUGGCUUUGGGAGCACCUCCAGGAGUGCCUUUGGAGGAGGACUGGGCAGUGGUUAUGGAGCAGGACUGGGCAGUGGUUAUGGAGCAGGACUGGGCAAUGGUUAUGGAGCAGGACUAGGCAGUGGUUAUGGAGCAGGAUUGGGCAGUGGCUAUGGAGCAGGACUGGGGAGUGGUUAUGGAGGAGGACUGGGCAGUGGCUCAAUGGGUAUUCCAUGUAGUAAUGAUGGAGUCCUUCUUUCUGGAUCAGAAAAGGAAACCAUGCAAAACCUUAAUGACAGAUUGGCUUCCUACCUGGCUAAAGUCCGGGCUCUAGAGGAAGCAAACACUGAUCUGGAGAACAAAAUUCGAGACUGGUAUGAAACACGUGUGACUGGAGACUCUGCAUCAGGAAAUGAUUAUGAAAAAUAUUACCCAUUAAUAGAAGAUCUUAAGAAUAAGAUUAUUUCAGCUACAAUCGAGAAUGCCCGACUCAUUUUGCAGAUUGAUAAUGCAAGACUGGCAGCUGAUGAUUUCAGGAUGAAGUAUGAAAAUGAGCAGGCCCUACGUCAAAAUGUUGAAGCUGAUAUCAAUGGCCUCCGCAAAGUGCUGGAUGAAUUGACCUUGGCCAGAGCUGACUUGGAGAUGCAGAUUGAAAGCCUGAUGGAAGAGCUGGCUUUUCUUAAGAAGAACCAUGAAGAGGAACUUCAAGCUAUCCAGGCUGGGGGACCCGGCCAAGUUAGUGUGGAGAUGGAUGCUGCUCCAGGAAUCAACUUAACCAAACUCCUGAAUGACAUGAGAGAGCAAUACGAAGCUAUUGCCGAGCAGAAUCGCAAGGAAGCCGAAGCUUGGUUCGUCGAAAAAAGUGGAGAACUCAAGAAGGAGAUCAGCAGCAACACCGAACAGCUUCAGACGAGCAAGAGCGAAAUAACUGACUUGAAGCGCAUGCUCCAAAGUUUAGAAAUUGAGCUCCAAUCUCAGCUUGCUAUGAGAAAGUCCUUUGAAGAUACAUUAGCUGAAACAGAAAGUGGUUACUGCAAUCAGCUCUCCCAGAUCCAGCUCCAAAUUGGCAAUCUGGAGGCCCAGCUUUGCCAGGUGAGGAGUGAUAUGGAGCGUCAGAAUGCAGAGUAUGAACAACUCUUAAACAUCAAGACCCGGCUGGAGAUGGAGAUUGAGACUUACCGGCGUCUGUUGGAGGGAGAAGGUGAAGGGAAUGGUGCUAUUGAAAGUUUAACUGUGCCAGAAUCCAAUUCUCAAGCACAGUCAAUUGAUUCUUCGAAAGAUCCAACCAGAACAAGAAAAAUCAAGACAAUUGUGCAGGAGGUAGUGGAUGGAAAAGUUGUUACUUCGGAAGUUCGGGAAAUUGAAGAAGAAAUUGGCUCUUGA